AUGGCUACCGUAUCAGCAAAGCGCAGUGGUCGGAGACCUGGCAGACGGCAGAACAAGCUCUCCUCCUCCUCCCGCUUCAACGACGAAAACGCCUACCCCUAUUCCCCAUCUCUCUCGAAGCCUUCCCCCUCUCUUCUCGCUGACGUCACCACCCCCGCGCUUCCACUACCCGUGGAAACCGUAACCGGCAGCGAGGAGGUGCAUCCGGUGGGCCUCGCGGCAGUCACGCAAUGGUUUGACGGCUCCGUCAAGUCGUUCUACCCGCCAACCGGCAGAUCCGCCGUCCGAUCUGCGCUACAGGACUUUUCCGACAAUUCCUUUUUUUCCUUCCCGUCGGGAAAAUCAGCCGCUAUGCCCGCGCUUGCAGUGAAGAGCAAUAACGAGAGCAACCGGCGUAACACGUCAGUGCCUGCAGUUGCGGUCCCUCCGCAAAGCACGCAAUCCCUAGUCGAAGUGUUACCGCCGAACACGCUCAAGGCAACUGAGCUCGUGCCUUCCGUACCUAUCGUGCCGCCGCGACUCUCCGCGUCCGUCCGUCAGUCUAUUUCUGGCGCUCCUCCGUUUCUCGCAAAUUACACCAGUUCGUCUGCCGUCGGACUCGGUUCCGCUCCGUCAUCUCGACGGACUUCGUUAAGCUUCGCUGGCAGCGUUGACGGCAGCGUCUCCUCGUCGUCCGCAGCUUUGGCGUUUCCGCCCCCGUCGCGAACUAGCCAGCGGCGGACCUCCGCCCUGGCGGAAAGCGCGGGGGAUUUUUCCGCCAUGCUGCCGGACGAGCGGGAGUUUCUUGCGGACGUGGCGGAGUUCCACGGACUCCCCGCGCGCGCGUCGCUGCAGUCUUUACCGCCUUUGGCGGAAAGCUUUCCGCCACAGCCUCGGCAGCUGCAGAACGGAGCAGGGAGGCGAGUGAGCCUGGCGUGGAUGUCGCUUGACGGACAGUUGAAGAACGUGGAAGCGUUGACGGAAAGCGUCGGAGCUAGCGGCGUGUUGACGGAAGACGAACGGCAAUCCUGGCUGAGCAUCCCGCCCGUCUACGUGAGCGCCUUGACUAACCCAACUUCAUUCUGUGCGUCGUUGAACCUCGCGAAAGCAUCAGAUGGAACCAUUGUCAAGGUUGCUUUGUUGUUUUUCUCUCUCUCCCUCCUCCCUCCGCAGCGCGCGUUGAUCCUCACGAUGACGUGGAAGGCGGUAUCGACGGCCAGGACGCAGAUGAAGCGGGAGUUUGCGCGGAUCCGCAAGUUGAUACGCGCAAAGGACGCGGAUGCGCGCUCUUUGCGCAAGAAGCUCGUCGCCUUGCGAUCGCAGCAGCCCAAAUCCGUCGUCUCGUCGCCCGUCGCCAGCCCGUCGUCGGGCGUCGCACGAGUCGCAGAAGAUGGCCCUAGUCCCGCGAAAGUGAGCGGUGAUAAUUCGCAGAUGCAACAGCUACUGCAGGCCAAGGACCUCGAACUGAAACUGUUGGAGGAACAGUUGAAACGCGUGGAGAUGGAACGGGAUGAGAUGGGUGGGAAGAUGAAACGGGCUGCUGCGGAGAUGCAACGGAUGGAGGAGCAGUUGAAACGCAAGGAGGAACGUAUAGAAAGCAUGGGUGAGGAGAUGAAACGGGGGAACGAGGGGCAAGAGCAGGCGGUGAUGGAGAUGAAACGCAUGGAGGCGGAAAUGAAACGGAUGGCGGGGGAGAUGAAACGCUCGGAGGGGCGGUGCGAGGAGGUAGAGGCGUCGCGAGCCGCGACUCAGGAGGCUCUGACCAGUGCCGUUGCUUCGAACUCCGCGCUGAAGCGCGUCUUUCCGCCAAUGCGCGCCUCCCUCGUCGCCCCACAGGACCUGAUGGCGCUGCAGGCGGCACACAUCGCGGAGCUCAAAGCCCUCGUUCUUGGUCAGACGGAGGCCAUUCAGGAGCUGACACGUGGCAGCGCGGCAGUGAAUGGCACAGAUGCGGGGAGGCCAGUCGGGGAAGAGGAGGAGGAGAAGGGGGACGAGGAGGAAGGGGAGGAGAAGGCGGAAGAGAAGGAGGAGGAGGCGGAGAAGGCGGACAAUGGGAGGAGCGCGGAGAUGGAGGAAUUGAUGGCGAUGCUGUCCCACCAGUCCGCGGAGAUCUCCGCCCUCAGUCUCGCGGUGCAGGCAUCUACCUCCGCCCUCCGCCGCACCCCCUCGCCCUCCGCGUCCCCUUCCGCCUCCCCCGAGCCCAACACCCCCCUCACGGCAAAACUCGCCGUAUCCGCAGGGGAAGGGGCAGGCGCACGCGCGGACGCACCCGCGGAGCCGGGGCUGUGGCGGAUGGGGCUCCCCCUGCUGGGGUCGCCCGUGGGAUUGACGCCCUCUCCCCCGGGCAGGGGGGAGAUGAGGGUGGUUGCGCGGAUCAGGGGGAACGUGUAUGGCGCAGUGCCCAAGUACGGGGGCGCGGGGACGGAUGGGGCGCGCGCGUGGGGGAAGAUGGGGACGGUUGAGGAGGAAGGGCGGGGAGUGGCGAUCUGUGGCGGUGGCAGUGCUGGUGGCAGUGCUGGUGGCAAUGGUGGUGGUGCUGGUAACACUUGUAACACUGCUUACAGUGUUGUUGAUGUUAGCUCUGGCGCUGGUGGUGGCGACAGUGCCGUUGGGGGAAGAACCAGCAGUUGCAGUGUUAAUGGUGCUGCGGCAUUGGGCGGGGUAAGGAAGCUGUCUCUGGGGAUAGGGAGGAACGGGAGAGUUUCCGAAGUGGUGCCGCUGCUCGCCCUGCCACUUGGCCGAGCCUCUGUUGACCCCGUUGACCCCGUUGACCCUGUUGACUGUGAAGUGGAGGAUGGAGAAAGGAAGGAUGGCUGUGGUUGCGCAGAGGGAGGGAAGGAGAAUGCGGAGGUAGAUGAGGGAGAGGGAGAGGGAGGAGAGGAGGAGUAUGAGGAGGUACAGCAGUUCUUCUCCGCCCCUGCCUCCCCCUAUGCCUCCCUGCCCUCCACCCCCACUGCUGCUGCUGCUGCUGCUGCUGCUGCUGCUGUCGUGGCUUCGACUGAUGGGAUGCAACGAGGCGGGAAGGCGGGAGGGGGUGAGGGUGUGGAGGGGCGAGCGUUGAGGGAGACUGGAGUUAACAGCAGGGGCGGCGAGGGGGAGAGGGCGGCGGGCAAGGGAGUGCGGAGUGGGGUUGCGCCAAGAUGGAAGUACUGA